GAGUUUGCCCUCUUGUCCCUUAUGCCUAAAACCCUGCCUGCUGUGGCAACAGUCCCUCCUCUUCUUAAACCCUAGCAGAGCUUCGCUUUGAGAAGCGGUCGAAUAUAUUGCUGUUCGUAUAGUGACUCGAACAAAAGCAUUUUCACCACGGUGGAAAUGGCUUCCUCCAUCGCCAAUUCCCUAAGACGCAGAACUGCCCGCCUCCCGCUCUACUCUGCUAUCUUUGUUCGGCACUUCCAUGAGUUUUUCUACUCUUCUAUGGCGUCUACUUCUCCUUCUGCUACGCUGAUCAGAAAAUUUCCGAUUCAAUGCCUAACACUUACGAAGCCUCCAGCCUUAUUUUCUUUUCGUUUCGCUUCGACUAAGGUGGAAGCUGAUGAGAACCUUGGGAAUGUUCUCCAGUCGGAGAUCGAAUGCGCCCAGGAAACUGACGAGCACGGCCGGGAAGUCGAUGCUCCAGAAGAUUUUCCCUUUGAAAUCAUUGAUAAAUCCGGCGAUCAAACAAUCAUUCUUAAGCGUGAAUUUGCUGGUGAGAACAUCCAGGCUACAGUAUAUAUGAAUGUUGAUGGGGAAGAAAUGAGCAAGGAUGAUGAAGAUGAUAGCGAGGAUGAUCAGGAGAGUGCUGCUGAGCAAAACAUUUCUCUUCUUGUUGCUAUAGAUAAAGGGGAGGGUCCUGUCUUGGAAAUUGGUUGCAAUAUCAGUUCAGCUGAUCUUGAAAUUGAAAGCAUGAUAAUGAAAAGUACCCAUGAUUCUGAUGGCCAGGGAGCUUACCAAGGACCUGAAUUUUCAGAAUUGGACGAGAGGUUGCAAAAGGCUUUUCACAAAUAUUUGAAAGUAAGAGGCAUUGAUAGUUCUCUCCGUGAUUUUUUGCAUGAAUACAUGAUGAAUAAAGAUGAAAGGGAAUAUCUGACAUGGUUAAAGAAGGUGAAGGAAUUUGUUGGCAAUUGAGUUCCAUCAUCCAUAUUGAGAGUGAAUUUGAAGAGCAAAUUUUAAAUGAUUUAGUUAUCUUGUUUUGAUUUAGUUCUGCAGUUAGUAUAAUUUAACGUGCUCUAAUAUUCUGUUGAAAGUUUUCUAUUUCUUGCUUCCAAAAUUAUUUUUUUAAGAUAG